AUGGACGACCUCCAGUCCUUGGAGCUCUUCUCGCUCGUAUCGCGGAUUACGGGCGAGCUGCAAAACCAUUUGGGUGUUAGCGACAAGACGUUAGCAGAGUUCGUGAUUGACCAACAUCUAAAAUGUGAUUCAUUUUCGGGAUUCAAGAACAGCCUCGAGGAAAUGGGCGCCGAGUUUCCUCAGAGUUUGAUGGAGAGCAUUGAUCGUCUGGUGUUGACGAUGCACCCCAAAUACAAGGGAAAGAAAACGGAUACGACCGAAGCUUCGACAGCAGGAGAUGACGAUAUGGAUAUCCUCGGUGCUCUAGAGAAAAAGGCGCGAGUCUUUAAAGGUCUUGCCGUCCCGGAUAAGGAACAACAUUGGGAGGAAGAUGACUACACUCAGCGCAAUGGUGCCGAUGAAGAUAAUGCAAAGGCGGGUGCUAUGGAUGACACAUUUGCAAUGCUGGAGGGUCUAGCAGGAAAAGCCCAAGAAGAAAAGGGUCGCCCAGCGAGAGAGGAUCGGAGCAAUAGGAAACGAAGAAGCAGAAGCCCCGAUUAUGACGACCACAGCCGCGGACGCAGACACCGUGAUAAAUAUCGUUCUCGAUCCAGGUCGCGCAGCGCUCGCCGAAGCAGGAGAGAUGAUGACGUGGAUGAAUUUGGCCGAACAAAGAGCAAAUACAGCAGUAAGGAUGACGGGCAUCGCAACGGCCACAGCGAGCGACGAAGAAGACGCGAUCGAGCCGAAGAGGAUGAAUAUUUCCGACGACCCCCACCUGUCGAACUGGAUGAUGAGCCUAUUCUAUACAAAAUUUAUGAUGGACGUGUGACGGGCGUGAAGGACUUCGGUGCUUUUGUGAAUCUGACAGGUGUCAAAGGGAAGGUAGAUGGGUUGGUGCACGUUUCUGCCAUGCAAGAGGGAGCGCGUGUGAAUCAUCCGUCUGACCUGGUGUCUCGAGGCCAACCCGUCAAAGUAAAGGUUGCAAGCAUACAAGGAUCUCGAAUUGGAUUGUCGAUGAAGGAAGUCGACCAAGUUACUGGCCUUGACCUUAUCCCUCAGCGGCGUCUCGCAUCGGGGGCCAAUAUGGAACGCCUAGACGGCAUCUCUGCCAAUGACAGAUAUGGAAACCUAAGCUCGGACGUUCCGGUCAUUGAAGAAUCGGAUGGCAGACCUAUGAAGAACCGAAAACGAUUGACCUCUCCUGAGCGAUGGGAGAUUAAGCAGUUAAUCUCAUCCGGUGCUGUUUCAGCUGCCGAUUAUCCUGACAUCGACGAAGAAUACCAUGCCACUUUGACCGGUGAAGGCACCUUCGAGGAGGAGGAAGAUGUUGAUAUCGAGGUCAAAGAUGAAGAACCACCAUUCCUGGCAGGCCAGACCAAGAUGUCUUUGGAACUCUCCCCAAUCAGGGUUGUCAAGGCUCCUGAUGGCUCUUUGAACCGAUCAGCGAUGGCAGGCACAAAUUUGGCUAAGGACCGAAGAGAAUUGAGACAACAGGAAGCCCAGGACAAGGCUGCAGAGAAAGCAGCUGAAGUCGAUCUUAACGCACAAUGGCAGGACCCUAUGGUUGCACCCGAGGACAGGAAAUUCGCAGCCGACCUUCGAACCGCCCAGCAACCAAAGCCUGACGAAUCAGUUCCCGAGUGGAAGCGGGUUACUAUGGGCAAGAACCAAUCUUUUGGCAAGAGGACCAACAUGUCUAUCAAGCAACAACGUGAGAGUUUGCCUGUUUUUAAGUUCCGAAAGCAAUUGCUUGAUGCUGUCCGCGAUAAUCAAUUGUUGAUUGUCGUCGGAGACACCGGAUCAGGAAAGACCACUCAAUUGACGCAGUAUCUGGCCGAAGGAGGAUAUGGGAAUAACGGUAUUAUCGGAUGUACACAGCCUCGUCGUGUAGCGGCGAUGUCUGUUGCGAAGCGUGUGGCAGAAGAAGUGGGCUGCAGACUUGGUGCAGAAGUUGGAUAUACGAUCCGUUUUGAGGAUUGCACAAGCCCAGAAACAAAGGUCAAAUACAUGACCGAUGGAAUGCUUCAACGAGAAGUCCUUUUGGACCCAGAUUUGAAAAAGUAUUCCGUUAUUAUGCUUGACGAGGCCCACGAACGAACCAUUGCGACAGACGUUCUUUUUGGACUGCUGAAGAAAACUAUCAAAAGGAGACCUGAUCUCAGACUGAUCGUUACAUCCGCUACCCUGGAUGCCGAGAAAUUCUCGGAGUAUUUCAAUAAAUGCCCCAUUUUCUCGAUUCCUGGUCGAACAUUCCCUGUCGAGGUCAUGUACUCCAAAGAGCCAGAAUCCGAUUACCUCGAUGCAGCUCUUAUUACUGUCAUGCAAAUUCACCUCACAGAACCCUCGGGAGAUAUUCUUCUUUUCUUGACAGGACAAGAGGAAAUUGAUACUGCCUGUGAGAUUUUGUACGAGCGAAUGAAGGCGUUAGGCUCCACUGUACCUGAGCUGGUUAUCCUUCCCGUCUACUCCGCUCUUCCCAGUGAGAUGCAGAGUAGAAUUUUCGAGCCCGCACCACCUGGCGGUAGAAAGGUUGUCAUUGCAACUAACAUUGCGGAGACCUCGAUUACGAUUGACCAGAUUUACUAUGUCAUCGAUCCUGGCUUUGUGAAACAGAACGCCUAUGAUCCUAAGCUCGGCAUGGACUCACUGGUAGUGACGCCCAUCUCUCAGGCACAGGCAAAGCAGCGAGCUGGUCGUGCAGGAAGAACAGGACCAGGAAAGUGUUUCCGGCUGUAUACUGAAGCAGCUUACCAAUCAGAGAUGCUGCCGACUACUAUCCCUGAAAUUCAGCGCCAGAAUCUUUCGCAUACCAUUCUCAUGCUUAAAGCUAUGGGCAUCAAUGACCUGCUUCAUUUCGACUUCAUGGACCCGCCCCCAACCAAUACUAUGCUUACUGCCCUCGAGGAGCUCUAUGCACUGUCUGCCCUUGAUGAUGAAGGUCUCUUGACGCGUCUGGGACGGAAGAUGGCCGAUUUCCCCAUGGAACCGGCACUCGCCAAGGUUCUGAUAGCAUCGGUCGACAUGGGAUGCUCGGAAGAAGUACUGAGUAUCGUUGCUAUGCUUUCUAUCCAAUCGGUAUUCUAUCGUCCAAAGGAGAAGCAGCAACAGGCAGACCAGAAGAAAUCGAAAUUCCAUGAUCCAUGCGGUGAUCACUUGACCUUGCUCAAUGUGUACAAUGGGUGGAAGAAUUCCAAGUUCAAUAAUGCAUGGUGCUUUGAAAACUUCAUUCAAGCCCGACAAAUCCGUCGUGCACAGGAUGUUCGCCAACAACUUCUUGGAAUUAUGGAUAGAUACCACCACCGGAUUGUCUCAUGUGGAAGAAACACCACCAAAGUGCGCCAGGCCCUCUGCACUGGAUUCUUCAGAAACGCGGCUCGUAAAGACCCAACAGAAGGGUAUAAGACGCUUGUCGAAGGCACGCCUGUUUACAUGCAUCCCAGCUCGGCAUUGUUUGGCAAGCCGUCCGAACAUGUCAUCUAUCACACUUUGGUUCUCACCACGAAGGAAUACAUGCACUGUACCACCUCUAUCGAACCAAAGUGGCUUGUUGAAGCAGCACCGACGUUCUUCAAGGUGGCGCCCACGGAUCGUCUCUCUAAGCGCAAGAAGGCCGAACGCAUCCAACCCCUGCAUAAUCGUUUUGCGGGAGAAGAUGAUUGGCGUCUAUCUGCACAGAAACGUCAAGGAAGGGGUGGUGGUGGAGGAACAUGGGGCUGA